UUUUAAGGUGGAAAAAGGAACUCUCUGGUUGCCACUUUGUGGAGUUUUGACCAGAUUCCUGUUUCUAUUAGCAUUCCAUUCCAUCUCCACCCCCUCCUCAGCCCCACCUCCUCUGAACUGGCAUUUCUGCAUCCUUUUCUGUGCAUCACAGAGCGGCAGGUAAAAGUCUGGCUGGCACCUGCUCACACAUACACAUAUAUCCCUGCACACACCUCUGCGAGAGGACAGACACCUUCCCACACUCCUGGCUUGCAUCUUCCUCCUCUCGGACGAGCUUGGCUGGGAGCAUCCCCGUCCUUUCCUCAGGGCUGCUCUGCCUCUCCCUGCGGUCUCCGGCUGGAGCAGCAGAGCUCAGGCACCGACGAGCUCAGGGGGCUCUGCUGCCCCCGUGACAGAGGCAGCCGAGCCCAGCUAGGGGCAAGACCUGAGCGCCAGGGGUCCACAGCAACCCCAGCCCCUGGAGCAUCCUGGAGUCUGCACCUGGAGUAUUCUGGGUCCAGAGCAUCACGAGCAUCUGGAGUAUCCUGGAGUUCAGAGCGUCCCUGGCAUCUGGAGCAUCCUGGAGUCUCCAGCAUCCUGGGGUACAGAUUUAUUUCCUGGUCCAGCACGUCCAGAGCAUCCCUGGCAUCUCAAGCAUACUGGCAUCCAGAGCAUCCCCAGCAUCCCGCAGCAGCAUCCAGGGACAUCCCAGUGCCAGGGGAUUUGCAGGGAUGAGGAAAUGUCUGGCUGUGAGUAAUGGGGAGGAGAAUCUUGCUCCUGCUGGUCGGCUCCUGGGAAUGUCACUCUGCCCUAACUGCCAGUGAGAGAGAGUGGGAGAAGAUGGGGAGAGGAGAAAGGAGGACGGAGACAGAGAGGAGAGUGAGAGGUGGUGCUUCUUUCCCUGGAGCUGGCUCUGGCAAUGGUCACAGUUGAAGAAGGUCUCCCAGCUCCUCAUGGAGGGAGAGUUUAGAGCUCCUAAUGCCAGUGUGCUGGGGGAGCACUCACUGCUGGUGGGGAGCAGCUGGGUGGCCGCUUUCCUCUGCUUCAUCAUCCUGCUGACCACUGCAGGAAACUUCCUCCUUAUCCUCCUCAUCAUCACUCAGCGCUCCCUCCGCAACACCUCCAACUACUUCCUGGUGUCCCUCUUUAUGUCCGAUCUGAUGGUGGGGCUGGUGGUCAUGCCCCCAGCCAUGCUCAACCAGCUCUAUGGCCGCUGGGUGCUGUGGAGGGACUUCUGCUCCCUCUGGUACUCCUUUGAUGUCAUGUGCUGCAGCGCUUCCAUCCUCAACCUCUGUGUCAUCAGCUUGGACCGCUACCUGCUCAUUAUUUCCCCGCUCAAAUACAAGCUGCGAAUGACCUCCUGCCGAGCCCUCUGGCUCAUCCUGGCCACCUGGACCUUGGCUGCGCUGGCCUCCUUCCUGCCCAUCAAGAUGGGUUGGCACAAGCUGGAGUUUGAAGUCCGGUCCCUGAACAUCACCUCCCAGGGGGAGAAGGAGCAGUGUCAGCUGCUGGUCAGCUUGCCCUAUGCCCUGAUAGCCUCCUGCCUGACCUUCUUCCUCCCAUCCACUGCCAUCUCCUUCACCUACUGCCGCAUCCUCCUGGCAGCCCGCAAGCAAGCGGUGCAGGUGGCUUCUCUCGCCUCCAACAUGGCCACCAUCACUGACGAGACCACACUGCAGGUUCCCCGCACCCCGAGCGAGCCCAUGGCUGGCAGGGAGAGCAGGAGGUUUGCCAACAAGCACAGCAAGAAGGCACUGAAGGCCAGCCUGACGCUGGGCAUCCUCCUGGGCAUGUUCUUUGUGGCAUGGCUUCCCUUCUUCAUCACCAAUGUGACACAGGCGGUCUGCAGCUGUGUCCCAGCUGGCUUCUUUGAUAUUCUCACCUGGCUCGGGUACUGCAACAGCACCAUGAACCCUAUCAUCUACCCACUCUUCAUGAGGGACUUCAAGAGGGCCAUGGGCAAAUACCUGCCCUGCUGCCGGCACUCCGGGGAGCCCCGUCCCAGCGCCAUCUCCCUCUCCAUGAGGAACUCCAACAGUGGACCCCACGCUGCCACAUCCCUCAAGAAUGUCCUCACCUUGCAGGCUGAGACAGACUCGGUUGACUCCGGGGUGCUGGGGAACGAACAGAGCCUGCUGCCGCCUGGUGACGGCCCUUGGGCGCUCCCAGCCCCCGCCGCCUGCUUGCUCAGCUUUUCCAACACGGAGCCCUUGGAUGCAGAGCCCAAGCAGCUCAGCAACCCUGUGGCCUGAGUGAAGGCAUCCCAACGUGGUAUUACAGACCUCUGUGUGCUGGGAAGGAUUCCCCAGCCCCAUGCAAAUUCCCUGGAGGACCAAUUUGCUGCAUCUCCCUGCCCGGGCAUUGCUGCUUUGUAGCCUCUUCAAAUGCAAUGUUCAUCUCCUUGGAGAAAAUCUUGACGUCGAGUACUUCUGUGGGUAGGUAUGGCCAGUGCCAAGCCAUGUUUUAUUGCUCAAUUUAUCUGCCUUGUUUCUCUCUCUUUCCAUCCCUCCUUUGCUCUCCACCAGCAAACCCUCCACCCUUCCCUGCAAACUGCUUCUCACCGCCUUUUCAUCCCUAGUUACUCUGAACCUCAGGCUCCAGACCCUUCCACCAGCCUGUGUCUCCUUAGAUACAAGCCAAGGCUCUGGUUUCCAGCUUCUUCUCACAUAGCUCAGCCGAUCACCGCUCUUUCACCCAGUGCUCUGUGAGGAACGGUGGAAUCCAAGUCCCACGACUCAUGGAUGAGAGGUUUCGGUCUGCUGCAGUCUACGGAACAUCACAUCUUCGUGGCGUUUAAUGCCCUCACACGAUUUGGGCAGUAGCUGUCUCAGUUUCCUGUGAAAGCAGUGAGUUGUGGUGAAACCAUGAUGUUUAAUCACUGUGCUAUGGGGGAUUAAAUUGGAUGCAAAAUGUUCAGUGCUGCUUUCUGGAUAUUCAGCAAGGAUGUGGGUGUUGGACUUGUUUGUGGCUCUGUGGGUACCCUGACAGUAGUAACAAGAUGAGCUUCCCUUUAGGUUUCAUCCUACAGCUUCCUGGUUUUGGCAUGGGACCAUCAUCCUCUGCUCUCAUAAUCCGUCAAUUUUUAGAUGAUGCAAUUAGAAAAUACACUCUCCCCCAACAGAAUCUAAAUGAAUAUUGACUUUUAGAUGGCAAUGCCAGCUCCCCAAACCCUCCUCACAGCCAGAAGCAGAGACACCAGCGAGUGAUGUGGUAAAGGGGCACUUAAAAUAUAAACCAACAAGUGCUUUUAGGAAACUCUUCCCCACGUGCCUUUCAGCUGCGGGGAUGGGUUGGCAGCACUCUGCUGCGCCCUCUCUGCACUCUUGGCCAUGCUGCCUAUUUCUGAGCUCGCACUAAUGAGUUGGAUUGUGCUCCUGCAGCUCACGGUUACACAAAUGAAUAAAAAGCAUCCCCAGAGUAUGGGGUGCUGGAAGCAGCAGCCACAUACUAAGCAAGUCCAUUCAUUCUCUUUCCCCAUUGCCCACGUCUGUCCUGGAACCAAACAAGGGGUUUUAUGACGGACUUGUCAUUUAUGUGCUACAAUUGCCCUUGCAGCCCACAUCCAGCCCAGUGGUCCACGGCAAAGGACCAUGACAGGUGAAGGACUGGGCACAGGGUCAAAUAUCAAACCCUUCAACCUGGAUAGAUUGGGUUUCGGAUCAAGCAUGAAGGUCAUUAUGUAUACCUUUCCACAAGCGGCUUUAUAUAAAAGCAGACUUUGACUACAGCUCCAGCUAAGAAGGAGGAGAAAAAUACACAGUGAACUCUGAAAG